UUCGUGCCUUUGGGUGUUGUGUUUUUGGGGCGGGGGGUUUGCCAAAAAUUUUGUAGCUUUUAGGUAUGUAGAAGAUGCAUAGGAGCUUAUGUUUGAUGAUGAUUUCGACUUUUUAUUUAUCUUUUGGGAAAAAUGGCUCCUGGGUUGUCUUUGAUCUCUUAAUUUCUUUUGUGUCGUGUUAUAAUCGUAUAGUUAUGGAAAGAUGUGAAAAUUCUAGUGGGGGAUGGAAGUUUUGUCAAGCAUGCGCUGGUGAUUUGGUUAUAUGUAUGCUUUAUUUUCUGUUUGGGUUUGAUAAAAUUGGUAUUUGGCUAUUUGGGUUUUGCAUGAGAAAUCCUUGUGAUUGAUUAGAGAUGUAAACAAUUUGUUGAUGAGAUAGUGAUGAGGAUUUUAAGAAUUUUUUUCGUAGUUCUUGGUUUCUGGUGGAAUUCUGGAUCUUGUUUUGUGAUCCUUACAGCAGAUGGUUAUAGUUUGAUCACUUUCUUUUGUAUGUUGAAAGUUGAUCUCUCCCUAGUGUUGGUUUCCGAGGAUGCAACCGUGUUCUUAGACAUAUGUGGAUUUCUGUUUUUUUACGCAAUCUCAGAAUUUAGUGCAUCGAUAGAUACUUGCUGUUGUUCCAUUUUCUGGUUAAAUCUACAUGUUUUAUGAUGUUUAUAUGCUCAAUUUGAGCUUUCCUGACUUUAUACAUAUGUUCGGGUUCUCAGGAGGUGAUGACUUUUGCCCUGGGGGGUCAAUAUAUGCCAACCCCAAGGAAGCAAGCUUCUUCCUGCCUCUUGGCCAUCAAGUUGAUGUAUACUUUCCUCCUCGGAAGAGAUCACGUGUCAGUGCUCCAUAUGUUUUCAGUGGCGAAUGGUUUGAGCAAAAGCAGAAAACCUCUAUUGAAGCCUUGCCUGAUGAAUGUAUUUUUGAGAUCUUUAGAAGGUUGCCUGCAGGCGAAGAAAGGAGUGCAUGUGCUUGUGUUUCCAAGCGCUGGCUUAUGCUUCUGAGCAGUAUUUCUAAGAAUGAAAUUUGCAGCAACAAAAGUACUGGCCUACAGACCAAGAGUAAAGAGGAGGAGGAUGAUGUAGAAUUUGGGGGUGAGGGAUACCUCUCUCGAAGCUUGGAAGGAAAGAAGGCAACAGAUGUUAGACUUGCUGCCAUUGCUGUUGGGACUGCAUCCCGAGGAGGAUUGGGGAAGCUCUCUAUCCGUGGAAGCAACACUGUUCGUGGGGUGACUACUCUAGGUCUUAAAGCAGUUGCUCAUGGAUGUCCUUCUUUGAAGGCUCUUUCUCUAUGGAAUGUUGCUACCGUUGGUGAUGAAGGCCUGAUUGAGAUUGCUAAUGGAUGUCAACAGCUAGAGAAGCUUGACCUUUGCAAGUGCCCUGCAAUUUCUGACAAGGGUUUAAUUGCAGUUGCAAAGAACUGCCGGAAUCUGACCGAGUUAUCAUUAGAAUCUUGUCCAAACAUUGGUAAUGAAGGUUUACAAGCCAUUGGGAAGUACUGCUCCAAUCUUAGGUCCAUAUCUAUCAAGGACUGCGCUGGCAUCAGAGAUCAAGGAAUUGCUGGCCUGUUUUCUUCAACUUCUUUGGUUCUGACAAAGGUGAAGCUCCAGGCACUGACUGUUUCUGAUCUCUCUCUAGCUGUUAUUGGACAUUAUGGAAAAUCAGUUACAGAUCUUGUUCUAAAUUGCCUCCCAAAUGUCAGUGAGAGGGGGUUUUGGGUUAUGGGUAAUGGUAAUGGAUUGCAGAAGCUAAAAUCACUUACAGUGGCAUCUUGCAGAGGAGUGACAGAUAUUGGGCUUGAAGCUGUAGGUAAGGGUUGUCCAAAUCUGAAAAGUGCACACCUUCACAAGUGUGCAUUUCUGUCAGACAACGGUUUGAUAUCAUUCGCCAAGGGAGCUUCAUCACUUGAGAGCCUCCGAUUGGAAGAGUGCCACAGAAUUACCCAACUUGGGUUUUUUGGUGUCCUUUUUAACUGUGGUGCAAAAUUGAAGGCUAUUUCUCUGGUGAGCUGCUAUGGAAUCAAAGAUCUAAAUUUGAUGUUGUCAACUGUAUCUCCUUGUGAGUCACUUAGGUCAUUAUCUAUCUCCAACUGCCCUGGAUUUGGCAACGCUAGCCUGUCUGUAUUGGGAAAGCUGUGCCCUCAGCUUCAGCAUAUUGAAUUAAGUGGACUAGAGGGAGUGACAGAUGCAGGGCUUCUUCCACUGCUUGAGAGCUCUGAGGCUGGUUUGGUUAAAGUGAAUCUUAGUGGUUGCAUAAAUCUUUCCGACAAAGUUGUUUCAUCCCUGGCCAAUCUGCAUGGUUGGACUCUUGAGACUCUGAACCUUGAUGGCUGUAAAAAUAUCAGUGAUGCUAGCUUGAUGGCAAUUGCUGAAAAUUGCCCAUUGCUAAGUGAUCUUGAUGUUUCCAAGUGUGCAAUCACAGAUGCUGGGAUAGCAGCCGUGGCACAUGCCAAACAAUUUAAUCCGCAGGUUCUUUCUUUGUCAGGUUGCACUUUGGUCUCAGACAGGAGCUUGCCUGCUUUGCGAAAACUGGGCCAAACCCUUUUGGGACUAAACAUCCAGCAUUGCAAUGCCAUCAGCAGCAGCAUCGUUGACAUGCUUGUGGAACUUCUAUGGAGGUGUGACAUCCUCUCUUGAGCUGAAAGAACUAAUUUCACAAUGCAAUUUUAGGCCACAGGAUCACAACAUGCAGGAGGCUUGUUAGAAAGUUAUGAUAGUGUUGCACAGUAGUUUUUGGGUCCAUUAACUGUGGGUCUUGAUCAUCCAGUAACUCGGUUCCCUUUUUCAAGAGAGUAUGCAGCCAUUUAUCCUUCAUUUUUGCAGAUUCCUUUUAUGGGAAAUCUGUUUUAAGUUUUUGGCAUCCAUUUAUGGGUAGCCACCUUUUAGAUGGCUGCAUAUCUCUGAGAACAUAGCUACCGGGUUCUGGAGAUAGAAAUCUCUCUCUUACUGGUGUAGGCACCUAAUGUUUUUAGCUCAGCUUUGCAUUGGUUUUGCCACCAUGUGUGUCUUAGUUCCCUGUUUUUAAGUUUUUACAGCUACAUGUACCACAGUACCAUUAGUCUGUCUCUAGUUUUACCAAAGUCCUUGAAGCCUGUUCUUCACGUGAUGUUUGGGUCUUCAAGUUUUACUCAAAGGGCAGUUUGGAAGUUCCAGUGUAAUGUGCUGUUAAUAGGUGGCUUGCAGUGGCCAGUUCGGUGCUAUGAUGCCUUGUCUUCAGGGGCUUUGGCCAUGGCAGCAAGUUGUACAGGUCUGCCAUGACACAAUCUUCUCCCUUGGGUGGGGGUUGUUUUUUUUAUGCCAAGCCCUUGUGUUUUUUAAGGCUUCAUUUUUUAUGAGCUUGCCACUGCAGCUUCUAUAUUGUGUAACGAUGUUCAUAUCUGCCCUUUGUGCUGUAUGUUAUAUUAUGAAAACUAAUGAAAUAAAAUUUGCAGUCAUUCCAAAAGUGGAUGUGUGUGUUGAUAGUCUCUCUACUUCGAUUAUAUAUACCCUUUUAAAGUUUUACCAGCUAUCUCAUUCUCAUUAUCCUAUGAUGCAAGCCUAAUACAUCUAGUUUAUGGUUAAAAUGAUAAUUGAUUAUGGGGAACCUAGAGGGACUCUAGUGUGAUCGAUCUCAAGAGAGUAA